GUCAUAGAUUGGUGUACAAACAGGUAACUGAGAUUCGUGGCCACUCUGACUACGUCCCUCGACUCUUGAGAGAGGAGAAUUUGGGCUUUGCCACUCGACUUGUGUGUGGUGAGGUCUCAAACCACCUCCCUCUAGUACUGCAGUCUGCAGCUCGUCAGUAACCUUGGAAGCUCGAGGUGACAGGCGCACCAUGCUCAUAACUGCCCAUAAACGCCAAUUCUUGACCAUCCUUUACCACAACGCAGCAUCAAUCAAUAUGUCUAAAUUUUUCGUCAAGGUAACGUCCAAAUAAGCCCGAUGAUCGAAUUCAAAGGCUGUGCGUAUCGUGGGCAAAGUCUCUACAUAAUCUGACGUGCUGGCCCUCCAUUGUCACCUCUCUCAUGGCAACUUCUUCCAAAUCGAUAGAAGAAAAUUGGCAUCUAUCCAAUGUUCUUGCACACGACGCACUCCCGAAUCGCCAGGAUGACUCUGAAUCAAUAAUAUUCGAUUCGAAGUCCACUGCUGAGACUGGAACCAAUUUCUACGACAGCAGUCUGACAAGUCGCAGAUAUGCUCUUGUUGGAGUGGGAUGCUCGACUAUCGUCAGCUGCACUUCCAUCGCUAUCGGGGCUAUCAUCGUAGCCAAGGUCGGAGCCUCAGGAUUAGCCUACACGCCAGUCAGCACCGAUAAGCAGAGAGAGAUACUGGCCCUAGUACUGAACUUAAUCGUCACAUUAUGCACCGAAUCCAUAGGCUUCGUACACGGCAUCUCUUUACGCUCUGCGCUAGCCUCAGAAUCUCGGCUUCGUUUCAACACCAAUCUGCGUCUUAUGACCGCAGCUCGCGGAUGGAACAACCCCAAUAGCGUCCUCCUUAAUUGCAUCAUGGCCGUCCUCCUCAUUCUAUCCUAUAGCUCAUCCUCGCUUGUUGUAUUACAAUACGUAUUUUACGCCGACCAAGCAGGCACCACUACUUCUUCUUCGCCCCUUGUUUUCGAUUCCACAUCAAUCACGAUAGGGACAGCAGGGCUCCCCCUCCUCGUGUUGGGAAUCACACUUCUUCUGCAGAUCGUGAUUGCAUUGGCAGGGAUGCGGGCUGCCAAAAUAUUGACGUGGAGCUCCUCACCUUUCAACUUGACUGCCGCCCUGGUUCACCACACGCAAUUGACCCCGGUUCCUCUCCAGUGCAUGCGUGGCGCGUCUGACCUGGACGUAGGUGAAGGUCCAACGAAGCCGUCACAAACACAGCCCUCUGCGUGGCAUGCUCACCCUAGCGUCCGGAAAGUCAUCAUUUCGCUUUGGGUGAUCGUCGUUAUAUACGUGGGAUCGGUCGCGCUCGCGACUUACCGAUCAUCUUUCACCUGGACGUUCCUCCCCAGCGCGGGGUCCGACUACCUCUCGUAUACCAUUCGGGUUUCGGGUGGUCUGGGGUGGGUGCUGGCUUUUGCCAGCCUGGCGAGUCUCCAGGGAUGGAUGACACUCGGGCUGCAUUUCGCGGAGCUUAUCGCUAAUGUCAUUCGAGAUGAAAGACAGUGGAGACGGGCUACCGGAAGGAAAGGACUCAACACGGCGACGAACUCGUUCAAGUUGGCUUUCACUGAUGCGUUCAGUCUUGUACUUCUGGUCCUCAAGUCUGCACUACACUGGAUGUUUGGUCUUUCCUUUACUGUGAUCGGCUCGAAUUCAGGGAUCAAGAUAUUCAUGUUUCCAGCUCAGUUCUGGAACCUGUGUAUAGCGCUCUUUAUAUUUAUCUGUUUCGUCACUCUCGUCGCAUUGCGCCGACCCCGCGGCCCCCAGCCGACCACAUACGGUCACCUCCAAACGCUUGCCAACCUCGUGGACGAGUGGUCGCCUGUGAUGUGGUGGGGUCACAAGGAAGACGGAAUCCCGUAUUGUCAUGCUGGGACGAGCGAUCACCCCCUGCCGGAUGUGAAGAUGGACUGCGUUUACUGCUGGCCCCAGCGUCAGGUCCCGUCCAUGUCGCGAGACGUCCUUGCUUUUGUAAAAGGUGUUUAUUAAGUCAUUCUUUGUCAUUAGAGGAGCUGAAUUAAUGCCAGCAAGCUUAUCGGUGUGAAUAGUCAAUGCAAUCGAACGAUACAAAAUUAUGCUCGGAUAUCGCAAGCGAAAAUCCUACAAGCAUAUCGGACAGACAAUGGACAGAUGCACAGUUAAUGUAGCGACACAAUUUCCCGUUUGCCUACGCAUCCUCGCAUUGGACAUUUUCCUUACUACAGUACAUAGUACGACGCUGGACGCUGGAUAGUAUUUGUACUCUUUCACAUACCCGCACUAACAUACCUCACCUUAUCAGAUCCUUCUGGAAUUCAUUCCACAUACUUACCUUAGAACGAAACUUGAAAGUUUUUCGAUAUUACAUUAAUCGCUGAGGCUAGGCAUGAAAUGUGACAUGAAG